AUUUCCCAGAGCUCAGUGAAAGAGAGAGAGGGAGAGAGAGAAGGAGCGCGCGACUACAGAGCACUCCGAUUGCCGGAAUCUUUGAUCCCGGCGAUUGUCGGACGUUACGUUCAGCGUAUCGCCUUCCUGCUGCUCAUCUCUUUUCUCUCCGCGGCAAGCGGCGUCGAUUAAAAUUCUGCGAAACGCUUUGAGUGGGGAAAGCAGAGAGAGCUUCUCCAACUGGGAUUUGUUUCAUGAUGGGAUUUUCCUUGUUCCCGAUGAAGUCAUCAACCCGCAUGCUGUGGAGUACGAGCUUCUUCCGCCACAAGACCAUCGUUUUUUUCUGAGGGUAGCCCAAUUAAAGGUAGGACAGAGCAUCGAUCUAAUAGUAACCAUAUCCUAGUAAGAGAUUUGGCCUUCGCUUAUAGUUUAGUAAAGGAACGGGGGAGUGCGAGAACUCAGCAGGGAACGCUCCGAUUAAGGGAGAAAGAUGGAUUCCGGAAGACUCAUCGUCAAUUCGUCCUCCUCUCAUGGAGGCCGCAUGCUGAUCCUCGGUGGUUCCAGUAGCCCUCUCUUCCGAGGAACGAGAUCGGUGGUAAGCUUGGAGGAUGGCGCGACCAAGCGGCGUCCCUUCUUUACAACUGUGGAGGAGCUCCUAGAAGAGGAGUAUUACGACGAACAGCUUCCGGAAAAGAAGCGCCGUCUCACCCCAGAGCAGGUGUGUCUUCUGGAGAGGAGCUUCGAAGCUGAGAACAAGCUAGAGCCUGAGAAGAAGAGCGAACUGGCGAAGAAGCUUGGGUUGCAGCCGCGACAGGUGGCCGUAUGGUUCCAGAACCGCCGCGCCCGCUGGAAGACGAAGCAGCUCGAGCGAGACUACGACCGCCUUAAGGCCUCCUACGACGCCCUUCUUGCUGAUCAUGACAUCCUUCUCAAGGACAACGACCGCCUUCGCUCCCAAGUGAUUUCUUUAUCAGAGAUGCUGCGAGAGAAGGAGCUGCUUGUAGCGUCAAAGAAGCCAUGUUCAGAUAUAAAAAAUGAAGCCAUCGAGCCGCAGCUUUCACCACCAUCAAUGCAAAUCCUAGCCAUCCUAUCGCAGGGCGGCGGUGAUGGGCUGAGUACCGGGAGCACAGUGGUGGAUGGUGAGGGGGUGGUGGCAUUGCAGGUGGCUGAUAGCAGCGGCGAUUCUUACUUCCAAGAGAGCUUGAUUGAAAGCGGUGCAGGUGGCUGCAUCGAACAAGUACAUUGCGGGGUUGGAUCUGAGGAGGAUGGCUGCACGAGCGAUGAUGGCUGCAGCUAUCUCCCUGGCAACAUAUUCCACAACCAAACCAAUGCUGAUAACUGGUGGGUUUGGUCUUGAAUUAUAAAGCAGCCAGGUAGUCCUCCCAUCAUCUAUCUUCACUGCCAAAAUUUUACCAUUCUCUGCACUAAUUUAAUCAGCAGCUACUGCAGCUACAUACCAAUCUCUAGAGAUUUUCUUAGUAUGGUUCUUGUCUGCAAUAAAUUUGCCUUGAGGGGAAGGCUGGCUUAACCAUGGUAUGCAGUAUUGUUCAUACUACUGUACUGUUAUUGGGUUGUAUGGAACUGAAGAAGACUUUAUAUGAUAUUGAAUGUUUCUCUGA